GCUCAUAUUCAAUCAUGGCGUCCUCCAAGAGUGAAGACGGCGUGAGUGAUUCCCAGCCAAGGAAAAAGUCUAAAAAGACCAGAAACGAAGUAGAUGAAUCUGAACUCUUGACUGUUCCUGAUGGGUGGAAGGAGCCAUCAUUUUCUAAGGAUGACAACCCCCGUGGCAUGUUGGAGGAGAGCAGUUUUGCCACCCUCUUCCCCAAGUACAGAGAAGCGUACCUGAAGGAAUGCUGGCAACUAGUGGAGAAGGCAUUGGCAGAAGCACACAUCAAAGCUUCUCUGGACCUGAUAGAGGGCAGCAUGACAGUCUCUACCACCAAGAAAACGUUUGACCCCUACGCCAUCGUGCGGGCCAGAGACCUCAUUAAGCUUUUGGCCCGGAGCGUCCCAUUUGAGCAGGCUGUACGGAUAUUGCAGGAUGACGUGGCCUGUGACAUCAUCAAAAUUGGCACCCUGGUGAGGAAUAGAGAGCGUUUUGUGAAGCGAAGGCAGCGGCUGAUCGGCCCCAAGGGAUCCACUUUAAAGGCUUUAGAGUUGCUGACAAACUGCUAUGUGAUGGUGCAGGGUAACACGGUGUCUUCACUGGGGCCCUAUAAUGGCCUAAAAGAGGUCCGUAAAGUGGUAAUGGACACCAUGAAGAACGUUCACCCCAUAUAUAAUAUCAAGACGCUGAUGAUCAAACGGGAGCUCUCCAAAGACGCCGAGCUGAGAACACAGAGCUGGGAGCGCUUCCUGCCCAAGUUCCGUCACAAAAACCUGUCCAAGCGCAAGGAGCCCAAGAAGAAGAGCGUGAAGAAGGAGUACACCCCGUUCCCCCCCCCACAGCCAGACAGCAAGGUUGAUCAGGAGCUAGCAACUGGAGAAUUCUUUUUACGUGAAAGUGUGAAGAAGAGGAAGAGGAUGGAGGAAAUCAAGGUCAAACAAGCAGAAGUAUUAACCAAGAAGCAAGAACAGCGGAACAAAGCGUUCGUUCCUCCUAAAGAGAAGCCUCUCAUGAAAAAAGCUGCUAAAGCCCCCACAGGACAGCUCGACAUUGACGCCAUCAAGGAAAAGGUGAAAAAAGCCAAAACCAAGAAACUGGGGGCCCCACCAGUGAUCCCAGCACCUCCUCCCGACAGCACAACCAGCAAAAAGAAAAAGAGCAAAACCAAGAGCAAAGGCUAACCACACACUGUAUUAAUACAAUAAUGAGCGGCUAGUUUUAGACAUGAUAUGCAAAGAGGAGCACAGUUUGUACAGAUUUGUGUUUGUGUUUUGAAAAGGAUAAAUAAUUCCAUCACCUUCUUUUGUGUUUUAAUUUACUUCUGUUAAGAGCAAUUUCCCGUCUGUUAUAAUGUUUUAGUAUUAUACCAAGACAGCAAAAGAAAAUGUACAGUAAUGUAUUUCUUUUCCCUCAUUUCUCUUCAUUGGCUGUCUAUUGUGUGGACAGUUUUUAUGCCUGAUAUUUUUCUGACUAUGCCCAGAAGGAGGCUCAGCAACUCAAAUGUAAAAUAAAAGAUUUUCUAUUGCAAUGGUCUUACUUUAAAAGUAUGAUUUAAACAGUCAGCCUACAUACAGAGGGGUUCAUCUUUGGUGAUUUUAAAUAGAA